AUGGCAAAUUCACCUUCUAUUGUUAGCUUUUCCUCUAAACAAAAUUUACCAACAGACUUGUCCAUUACAGAGGAAGCAAAGGGUUACUCCGCCGACGAAUUCCCUCCAAGAGAUUCUGUUUCCCCGUCGUACUACCAGAAAAUUAUAGCAGAGAUUUUGGGCACUUAUGUUCUUGUUUUUGCGGGUUGCGGGGCUGCUCUAGUUGAUCGAGAGAAGACAUUAACAGUUGUGGGUUUAGCAAUGGUGUGGGGGCUGGCUUUGAUGGCAAUGAUAUAUGCACUUGGCCAUGUUUCUGGUGGGCAUUUCAACCCUGCAGUUACCAUUGGCUUUGCAGCAGCGCGAAAAAUUCCACUCGUUCAC